AUGGAUAAAGUAAAGGAACGAACAGGGAUAUAUCAUGAACAUCAAGAAGGUGCUCUUUGUGCUCAACAUGCAUUAAAUAAUCUUCUACAAACUCCAUUAUUUUCCGCUGAUAAUUUAGCUGAUAUUGCUCGUGAACUUGAUAAAGAAGAAAAUAGUGUAUUAACACAUACAUUAUAUGAAUCUGAGAAUAUGGAUGAUACCGGUUUUUUCAAUAUUCAAGUAUUACAAUUAGCAUUAAAAAUGUUCGAUCUUGAGUUAAUAUCUUUUGCAAGUCAAGAAGAUAUUGCUAGACAAGCACGUAAUAAUCCACAAAGUAUUCAAGCUUAUAUUUGUAACUUAGGUCUACAUUGGUUUACUAUAAGACGAUUUGGUAGACAAUAUUUUAAUUUAAACUCCAUAUAUUAUAUACCAGAAUUAAUACCUGAUCAAAAAUUAACUGUACAUUUAAAUUUCAUACAAGAAAAUGGCUAUUCAGUAUUUAUUGUAUAUGGUUCUUUACCAGACUGCUUAGCUGAUCAACAGUUAGCAGCUAAUCCAAUUAGUUUACAAGAAUAUAGAAUUUUAACUAAAGAUUUACAAAAAAUGAUUAUUGAUGAUAAAACUAUAGAGGGGUCUCAGACGGUACGCAUACCAAAAGACUUAUUUGAUGAGUAUCAAAAAAAUCCAAAUGAUCCACGAAUAAUGAAAAAGAUAUUGGAGUACGCACCGAAACAUUUGAUUGAAGAUCGAAUUCCACAGCAUGUACACUGUUCAAAUCCUCAACGUAAUCAUUCUCAUCGUCUUUUAUUAAUUUCAAAUAUGCCAACAAAUAUCAGUGAUGAAGAAGUGAUAAAAACUUGCAAUUGUCCGAGACACCGUCGUGCUCGAGAAUUAUUAAAUAAAAAUUCAGAAAAACCUAUAAUGAACGAUCCACCUUUUAGUAAUUCAAAGUUACCACGUCAAGAAUCUCGUAUAAUAACGAAAUAUAUAACAGAAUACAUAGUUGAAGAACCACAACCUGAUAAUUCAAAUAAAUCACAACAACAGCGAAUAGGAAUAACCCGUCAAACGAUUAUAACAAAUCGAUUAUCACAUAGAAAUAAUACAUUAGUUGAUGAUCAUGGAGCUCAGCGAAGGGCCAUUACAAAUAUAGGAAUCGGAAACGAAGAAGAUGAUAUACUUCAAGAUAUGAUUCCUGAUUAUUUACUUGACCCAUCCGUAAUGAACAGUAAUGGCAAUAAUUCUUAUGAUGUGGAUCGUACAGAAGAGUUGAAUCAACGAAUUCUUGAAGUAGCUAUUGCUGCUAGUUUACAAAGUAAUAAUUCCACAACCAAACAAAUUGAACAAACUCCAGAAUCUAUGCCAAUAACAACUAUGAACGCAUCACCAACAGCAGCAAUCAAUGCAGAAAAAAUACCAACAGUCAACUCAGAACAAACCCCAACCAUAAAUUCAUCACCAGUAUCAGCAACUAAUUCAGAGGAAAUACAAACUGUAAAUUCAGAACAAACACCGACUAUCAUUUCGUCACCAACACCAACAAUUAAUUCAACACCAGCAUUAGUAAUGAAUUCUGAACGAAUAUCAACGAUGACUUCAUCAGCAGAGCCAACGACUAAUUCAGAACGAAUAAUUACACGAUAUGUAGUUGAAAAACCGAAUCCUGAUAAUUCAAAUAAAUCACAAGAACAGCAAAUAGGAGUAACUCGUCGAAUGGUUAUUAUAACACAAUCAUCACAAAGAAAUAAUCCAUUAUUCGAUGAUCACCGUGUUCAGCGAGGGCCCACAACUGGCAUUGAGUUUGAUAAUGAAGAAAAUGGUAUAUGGGAAGAUGUGAUACCUGAUUCCUUACUUGGCUCAUCAAUAAUGAAUAUGGAUGACAAUAUGCCUUUUGAUGCGGGCCGUAUAGAAAAGUGGAAUCAACAAAAUCUCGAAGCAGCUAUUGCUGCCAGUUUAAGAAGUAAUAAUUCUACAACAACACAAGUUGAAGAACCCCCAGAAUCAAAUCCAUUGACAACUAUGAAUUCAUCACCAUUAGUUUCAGCGAUAGAUUCAGAACAAACUCCAACCAUCAAUUCAUCACCAGCAUCAACUACUAAUUCAGAACAGACAUCAAAAAUAAGUUCAUCACCAGCACCAACGUUUAGUUCAGAACAAACACUUACACAAUACGUAGUUGAAAAACCUAAUCCUGAUAAUUCAAAUAAAUCACAAGAACAGCAAAUAGGAGCAACUCGUCAAAUGGUUAUUAUAACACAAUCAUCACAAAGAAAUAAUCCAUUAUUCGAUGAUCAGCGUGAUCAGCGAACGACUAUAACUGGUAUUGGGUUUAAUAAUGAAGAAAAUGGUAUAUGGCAAGAUGUGAUGCCUGAUUCCUUACUUGGCUCAUCAAUAAUGAAUAUGGAUGGUAAUAUGCCUUUUGAUGCGGAUCAUAUAGAAAAGUGGAAUCAACAAAAUCUCGAAGCAGCUAUUGCUGCCAGUUUAAGAACUAAUAACUCCACAACACCACAAACUGAAGAAACUUCAGAAUUAAUUCCGCUGACAACUAUGAAUUCAUUACAACCAAGUCCAUCGAUGAAUUCAGAACAAACACCAACAAUAAGUUUAGAACCAAUAACAAUAAAUAACCCGACACCGUCAACAACAUCAAAUUCAUCACCACCCACCAAUAUUCAUUCACCUCUACCAACAGUAACAGAUCCCGAUGUUAUAAAAUCAUUAAAUAUUGAAGGCAAGCUAUUUGCGACAAUAUCGUACUACUAUAGUCUUUAAAUACGUCGACGUCGUCUUGUAACUAAUGGUUUUCGAGAAAAAUCAAUAAUAGCUCAACAAUCAAAUUUUGAUGAUUAA